AUGAGUGAGUACAAUGAAAAGAAUACAUUAGAACAAUCUCAAACAGCUCCGGAUAAUUCCGCUCCAAGACAUAGACACAAACAUCAUCAUCACCAUCAUCACCAUCACCAUUACCAUCACCGUCAGAAUGAGCAAAACUUAGACAUCUCAUCGGGACAAAGCCCAUUAAUGGCGUCUGCUCCCGCCGUUGGUGGUCAGAGACCUCCCUUUGUCUCUGCUGCUCAACAGGCUCGUAGUCUUUCUAAUAGAAGUCGACAUGCUCCCUCGGGGAAGAACCGGCUUUUAUCGGGUCAUCAUCACAAUACUGCCACUGGUAGUAAUAAUAAUGCUAUUAAUAGUAAAAACAUUAAUAGACCAUUACCGAGACUUGCUGAUGGAACAAGAUUUGGAAGUUAUCAAAUUGUGAAGACGUUAGGAACAGGUUCAUUUGGGAAAGUGAAACUUGCUUAUCAUAUUACAUCGAGACAAAAAGUUGCAUUAAAAAUCAUUAAUAAGAAAAUUCUUUCUCGUAGAGAUAUGCAAGGUCGUAUUGAAAGAGAAAUUUCUUAUUUGAGAUUGUUAAGACAUCCGCAUAUUAUUAAACUGUAUGAUGUCAUUAAAUCUAAUGAUGAAAUUAUUAUAGUUUUAGAGUAUGCAGAACAUGAAUUAUUUGAAUAUAUCACUCAACGUGGAAGACUCUCUGAAGACGAAGCUCGUCAUUUCUUUCAGGAGAUCAUAUCAGCCGUGGAGUAUUGUCAUAGGCAUAAAGUGGUCCAUAGAGAUCUUAAACCUGAAAACCUUUUAUUGGAUAAACAUUAUCGUGUUAAGAUUACGGAUUUUGGUUUAUCUAAUAUUAUGACUGACGGUAAUUUUUUAAAGACUUCAUGUGGCUCACCUAAUUAUGCUGCACCUGAAAUCAUUGGUGGGAAAUUAUAUGCAGGACCAGAAGUUGAUGUAUGGUCCUGUGGUGUGAUCCUUUAUGUUCUGUUAUGUCACAGAUUGCCCUUUGAUGAUGAAAGUUUACCCAAAUUGUUUAAAAAUAUUAAUAACGGGAUCUAUGCAUUGCCAAAUUUCUUAUCUCCAGGAGCUGCUUCUUUAAUUAAAAAAAUGCUUAUCGUAAACCCCUUAGGUAGAAUAUCUAUUCAAGAGAUUAUGCAGGAUGAAUGGUUCAAGAAAGACAUUCAGUUAUAUUUAGUUCCACAGGAUUUAAGAGAAGAUGAGAAUGAUAGUCUCAAUGGGGACACAGAUACUAGUAGUCUCACUGCAUCGAUAAGAAGUGGUGAAGAACUUAUAGACGAAGAAUUGGUCACCGCAUUGGCUAACACUAUGGGUUAUGGGAUGGAUGAAAUUUAUGAAUCUUUACAAACAGAAACUACAGACCCUGGUUUACAAGAGAUUAGGGAUGCAUAUUUGUUAAUGAAAGAAAAUAAAAGUAUCUUGAAAGAUUUAAGAUUGGUUCGAUCAGAUUCCGAUAUUUCUUUGAUCAAUAAUAAGAGUGGAGAAGUAAUAGAUACUAUGGCUGCACAACAAAUGACUACAUAUAAUAGAAACAAAGAUUCUCAGUAUAACUUGACUGCGACAUCAGGGGAGCCAUGUGAUUCAUCUGCCGGUAAUAUGAAGCAAGGAAACCUGAGACAACAACGAACUUAUAACGAUGCGGAAUAUACUCCACUAGAUACCAAUGAGUCUACAAUUGCAAUCUUACCGACCUCAUUACCUCAGAUCCAUCGUGUAAAUAUGUUUGCAGAGGGAUUUCCUGGUGCCGGGGUUAUUACACCAAUGUUAACUCCGACGAGUAAAACAAGGUGGCAUUUUGGAAUAAGAUCGCAUUCUUACCCGUUGGUUGUCAUGGGAGAAGUCUACAGUGCAUUGAAACGACUUGGUGCAGAAUGGAUUAGAACUACAGAGAGAGAAUUAUGGACAAUUAGAGCAAUCUGGAAAUGGGAUAGGCAACUGAAUCAGGAAAGUGUUGAUAAAGCAGAUGUGAUUCCCGAGAGAAUGAAAGUCGUAAUCCAAUUGUUUCAAACUGCUCCAAACUAUUUUUUGGUCGAUUUGAAAUUCGACGGCUGGGAGACAGCUGAUAGUGAUAUUGAUGAGAAGGAACGAGUCGUUAGAGAGGCCACACCAACUGCAGAAUCCAUUGCAAAAGAGGAGAAAGUAAGUACUUUUUCAGCAUACCCAUUCUUAAACUUAUCUACAAAAUUGAUAAACGAAUUAGUGAGGGAAAGCCAGGUAAGCUCUGAAUCCUCACAAGAGGAUCUGACUACAUAG